ACAAUAAAAAAUAUAUCAUUACUUUUAUUAAUAUUGUAGAAUAAAAAUGUCUGAGGGAAGAUUUCCAUCUUAUCAUCAUUUACCCCCAGCAGCCCCAGCACCUCAAAGACAUCAUUUGGCAACUGCUGCAACACCUUCUGUUCCUCAUCCACUUACAUUCCAUCCUCCUGCAAUUUCUCAUCAGCUAUCUUCAUGGUUUACUAAACAAGAUAUGGCAGCUUACAGAAAUACACCAUAUGCUUCUUUACACAAUAUUGCUGCAUUGCAGAUGCACAAACCCCAACAUACUCCUGUAAUUGAUAGGUGGAUGGAUUCAAGAAAUAAUAUGCCGCCACCAUCUAGGCCUGAUCCACCAUCUCCUAGUCCAGCGCAUUCUGCAAAUGUAUCACCUAGUUUUUCAUUAUCUCGAAUUGUUGAGAUUGAUCUUACCAAACAUAAAAAAGAAUCAGAGCAAAUGUCUAUUGACUUGUCCUCAAAUAAUAAAAAGUAUGAAAGUUUUUCUUUUAAACGAGCCAGAGAUCAAGUAAAURGUCAGAUAAAUUUAUCUAAUGUAGGAACUAUUGAAGAGAAAGCAAUAAGUGUUAUAGCACCAAACCCUCAUAAAGUUAUUAAAUCUGAAACCAGAUGUGAUGUCACAGAUAAUAUAAAUAUUCAAAAAGUAAAAAAUGUUAAUAAUGAAGGUUUUGAAAACAAAUGUAGUAAGCAUGAUAUUAAGAUAUCUUGUGAUUUAGUAGAUAGUCCUGUAAAAGUUGAAGUUGAAGAUACAAAUAAUGUUGAAAAAAUGUUAGAAAACAUGUUUCAAACAAAUGAGUCUGAAAAACAAUCUGUUAUUAAAAUUGUAAAACCGAUGAAAUCACCAUCACCUUCAAUGAUGAGGGCAGAAUCUGUAGAAAAGAUACUUAAAUCACCAUCUCCUAUACCUAGAAUAGAACAUGAUAAAUCUGAGGAUUGUAUACCAUCUGAAAAUUCUUCAAAAAAAAUUCAUGACACACAUUCUCAAAUUCUUGAAGUAGAAAAUAAAUUAGAAGAAUUAUUUGGUGGAGUCAUUACAUCAACUAGUACACCUGAUCAACAAAUAGUGAUUGACAAUAAAUCAAAACCAAUAAUUCCUACCAAAAGGCCUUAUAAUAAAAAUAAAAAACAAUUUAAUAAAAACAAAAAAAAUCUACCCAUAGUUGAAAAAUUAAAACCGUAUGUUGAACAACCUAUUAAAAAAUAUAAAGGUCCAUUGAUAAGAAUCAAUGGUGGUAACAUAGAAAAUCCAACAAGUUUUGUUAUAAUUAACCGAAAUAUUCAAGAUGACGAAGACUCAUUAGAUGGUCGAAAUAUUAAUCGAAAGACUUACUCAUAUAAAUCUAGUGUUUGCAAUGGUGAAGAUAAACCCGAUGUGACCAAUUUAGAAAUUAGUGAUUGGAAAUGUGUAUUCUGUUCGCGAGGACCUCAUGUAAGAGACAUUGGCUAUGAUCCUACUGGAGAUCUUUUUGGUCCUUAUUAUGUCAGUAUACCAAAGAUAGUAAAACCAAAUGAUAACCCUAAGCGAAAGAAAUCUAAGCAUAAUAUAAGUGAUAAUGAUACUUCAGAAACAUUUAUUGAGGUAUGGACUCAUGAAAAUUGUUUAGUUUGGGCAUCUGGUGUUUAUAUGGUCGGGGAUAAAAUAGUUGGGUUGGAAGAUAGUGUGAGAAUUGCAAAAAAUACUAUUUGUGUUUAUUGUGGUGAUAAUGGGGCUAGUAUUGGAUGUACAGCACGUCACUGCAAAUCAUGUAUACAUUAUAACUGUGCAAUACAUGUUGGUUGGCUUCUUGAUAGUCAGAAUCAUAUGACUAUAUGUAAUGUGCAUAGGAAUUCUCUCCCUGCAAGUAGUUGUCAUUAAUGGAGCUUUUUUGCUUCAUGUAUUAUUAUAUUCAAAAA